GAAGGUAUAAAACCAGUGCCGUAAACAUCGUGAACGUAAAUACACGGUGUGCGUUCUGUGUAUACGUGUUACGUUACAGACGUCUUCUAAAUCGUGCUGAAUUUUCAUGAUUCUUAUCGAAAAAAUUUCACCUAACUUUAUAUUUAUAUGAAUUAUUUAAGUUAAGUUAAUUAAUAAAGAACAAUAGUGAAAGACAUAGAAGUUUCAAGAAAAGGGCACACUAUCUUCGAAAUCAUCGGGCGUUGUACUACUCUAGGGGUAACACGGUGGGUGCAUAGCUGCGCGGUAUGAAAAAAUGAUGUGAUCGAUGGUCAUCAUGGCGGCACCCAUGUUAAAGUGGAAGCGAAUCACAAAUCCGUCCGGACCUCAGCCAAGACCCAGACAUGGACACAGGGCAGUUGCUCUUAAGGACCUUAUGGUCGUUUUCGGCGGUGGAAAUGAGGGCAUUGUUGAUGAGCUUCAUGUCUAUAACACGACAACUAAUCAAUGGUUUGUACCAUCGACAAAAGGUGAUAUUCCACCUGGCUGUGCUGCAUAUGGUUUUGUUGUUGAUGGAAGUCGUAUUUUAGUCUUUGGUGGUAUGGUUGAGUAUGGAAAGUACUCAGAUGAGCUUUAUGAACUUCAAGCAGUUAGAUGGGAAUGGAAAAAAUUGAGACCUAGACCUCCAGAAAAUGAUCCACCACCAUGUCCAAGAUUGGGACAUAGUUUUACUCUUAUUGGUAAUAGAGUCUUUCUUUUUGGAGGAUUAGCUAAUGACAGUGAGGAUCAUAAAAAUAAUAUACCAAGAUAUUUAAAUGACCUAUAUACCCUGGAACUACUUCCUAAUGGAGGAACAGUUUGGGAUGUACCUCAAACACAUGGUCAUGCACCACCACCAAGAGAGUCUCAUACUGGAGUAUCUUAUACUGAUAGUAAAACAGGAAAAACCUGUUUAGUAAUUUAUGGUGGUAUGAGUGGAUGUCGUUUGGGUGAUUUAUGGUAUCUUGAUGUUGAUUCAAUGACAUGGCAUAAACCAGUGGUUCAUGGACCUAUUCCAUUACCUCGAUCUCUUCAUACUGCUACUUUAAUUGGUCAUCGAAUGUAUGUUUUUGGAGGAUGGGUGCCACUUGUUGUUGAUGAUGUUAAGGUUGCAACACAUGAAAAAGAAUGGAAAUGCACAAAUACAUUGGCUUGUUUAAAUAUAGAAACUUGGACAUGGGAACAGUUAACUGUUGAUACUUUAGAAGAAAAUGUUCCUCGCGCUCGUGCUGGACACUGCGCAAUUGGAAUGCAUAAUAAACUUUAUGUAUGGUCUGGUCGAGAUGGAUAUCGUAAAGCUUGGAACAAUCAGGUUAGGGUUUGUUGUAAAGAUUUAUGGUAUCUCGAAGUUGGUAAACCAUCUGCUCCAUCCAAGUUGAACUUAGUUAGGGCCAGUUUACAAGCUUUGGAAAUUCAAUGGACACCUGUACCAUCUGCACAGUACUAUAUAUUACAAAUACAGAAAUGUAAACCUUCAACAACAACUGGAACGUUUCCUACAGUUAGUACUCCAGCAAGCACUGCAACACCUACCACGACAUCAACAAUGGUCACUCUUGCAACUGAUUCUGCUACAUCUUCGCCUAUCACUUCUGUUCCUGAGCUUCCACAAACUCCAACUUCGGUUAGACCGUCCGUACCUCCACAGACUCCAGUUCGAGUUCAAUCAACUGUACAAAGUCCCAUUCAGAAACCAGUACCAUCACAAAGCGUAACAAAACCAUCGAGUCCAAUGACACCAAGAGUUGCCGGAAAUCUUAUUAGAAUUCGUUCUCCUUUAGUUACAACAACGCCAACAACAACCACUGCUACUGAACAAACUCCAACUUCUAAUACUACAGUGGCAGGCCAAACACCAGCUGCUAUGUCAGGAAUUGCCGCUUUAGCAGCAGCUGCUGCUGCUACUCCAAAAAUAAGUAUGAAUAAUGUACCAAUCCUUCCACAAACUACGGCUAAUACAAUUAGAAUGAAGAAUGUUCAACCUGGUCAACAAAUACGUUUUGCUGCACCCGGAGCAACAGUAUUGAGAACAGCUUCACCACAACAAAGUAAACAAAUUAUCCUACAGAAACCAGGUCAAAAUAUAUCUGGUCAACCACAGAUUGUACAUCUUCUUAAAACAGCACAGGCAAUGGUAGCAACUGUGCCUAAAGUAAGUCUCAUACCAGGAAAAACUGUUCAAGCAACAGGUGCAAAACCACUUAAUCAGGGAGCGAAAAUAUUGAGAUUAGUAAAUCCUAAUACUGUACAGGGAUCUAAAAUUCUCACAACUAUGAAAACAUCUAAUAUCGUUGCAAUGAGUAAAGGACAAAAUAUUAGUGGUAAACAAACAAUAAUGAUUACUAAACCUGGUGGUAAUGGUGGAUUAGUUGGUCGUAAUCAAAUUAUAGUAGUUACAACAGGAUCUAAUUUAAGAACUAUACAAGCUGUUACUACUUCUCAAGCUGGAGGUGGACAAACGGGUAAUAUUACGACACCUGUAAAUGUUUUACCAUUAUCAGCUACUAAUCAUGUAACAAACCAACAAGGAGUAAAGAUGAUUGUUGUCUCAUCUGGAGCAAUGGGAGGAGGAACUACUGGAAAACCUAUUACUAUCACAGUUCCAGGCCAAGGAGGUGUUCCAAAAACAGUGACUAUUGCAACUAAAGGAAGUCCACAAGCUAUUUUUAAUCCUGGAAAAAGUCAGAUUGUUACUAUGCCACAAAUACAAAAAACACCAGAGACUGUAACAGUAUCUGGUAAACCUGUAACAUUACAAAUGUCUGGAGGAAUAGGUGCAAAAACAGUUACUCUCAUGCCUACAAGUAGCACAAUAGUAACAACAUCAAGUGCAUCUGAGACGAUAGAUACAAGUAAAAUGUUAUUUGUUCCAUCACAAAAACAACCAUCAGCUUCAUUAGCAUCUACAUCUGAUGGUCCUGCUACUACUGAUGCUGCAUUGGCUGCAUUAGCUGCAGAGGCAGGUUUAAUAGAUCCAGUUCAAGAACCUUCUGGUGAUUUAUCUUUUAUGGUAUCUGCAGAUGAUGGUGGAGCUGGAGAUGGUAAAAUAGAAGAUAAUUGUAAUGGUGAUGAAACUACUACAGCAGCUGCUUUAGUUUCUCAAAUGGGUGCUGGUGAAUCUAUGCAAAUUGAUAGAGAUGGUAACUUUUUAAUUCCUCAAGUUGAUGGUCCAGCAGAUCUUCUUUUGUCUGAUGAUGAUGAAGACAACGAUAAAAUUGAUUUAGCCGAAGAUCCCGCGUUAGAAAAUCAAGAAGAAUCACAAGUUGCAGAUUCUGCAAAUAUGGAACAACAUACAGAUACUGCAACAGAAGCUGUUCAUAUGGAAGAAUCCAUAAAAGAUCCAGAUACUUUAUCAGAAGGAGCAUCUGAACUUCCUGUUUCUACAAGUGUUCCAGAAGAUAUUCCAAUAGAUCCAGAACCUCCUAUUGAUACUCAACCAGAUGAAAAUGAAAUACCUAUUGAAGUUGUUAAUGAUUCAGAACCAGCAAAUGAAAGUGACAUGCAAGAAAUGAAUAAUGUAUCAACUGAAGAGGCACAAAUAAAAGCUGAAAUUUCUAAUAUGCAAGAUCCAAUAGAAGCUUCAUCAGAGGAAGCAUCUAUGCCAGAUGCUAUGGAACUUCCAGAAACUGAAGAAAAUGAACAGAUUGAAAAUAAUGAUAUAAAAUUAAUGGCAGUGGAUACAUAUACUUCUGAAUCUGAAAAACCAGUAGUUUCUGAACAUUUGUCACCUGAAGAUAGUUUAUCACAAUUUUCUCAAGAAGAUAAUCAAGUCAUAGAAAAAAUUAAAGAUGAAGCUGUGGAACCACCAAUGGAUCUUCCUGAAGGAACCCCAAUGGAAACAUUAGAAGAUAAUGAUGAACCAAUGGUUACAGAUUCUUGUUCAACUCCUACUAAUAUUCCAAUUACAACAUCUAUCAUGCAAAUAAAGUUAGAACAAGCUGAUGAAUCAAUGAAACAAGAUAAAAUAUCAGAAAUCCCAACAUCAUCUAUUAGUGGUAUUACAUUUCUUGAAAAAGAAAUGGAUAUUCAAAAACCAAUAACCACAGUAAAAAUGGAAAUAAAAGAAGAAUCUAUUAAAAAAGAAAGUCUGAAACAAGAACAAAUGAAUGGCACAAGAACGGAAAAUGGAGAUGAUUCCACAGCAUUAACUACAUUGGCUACAGCUGCAUUAGGUUCAGCAGAACAACCAAUGAAAAUGAAGCCUGAACAGACUGAAAAAGAAAAAAAAGAAGAAGAAUGGUAUGAUGUAGGAGUAACACAAGAAUCGAGAUUUACUGUACAACAUUAUUAUUUACCAGGUGAUGAUCCUUUAGAUAUAACACAACCAUUAACUAUGGAUGUUUUUGAAGGUAGAACUAAAGUUCCUUUAGAACAGGGAACUAUUUAUAAACUUAGAAUUGCUGCUGUGAAUAGUUGUGGACAAAGUGAUUGGAGUGAGGUAUCAGCAUUCAGAACAUAUGUUCCGGGAUUUCCUGGAGCACCUAGCGCUAUAAAAAUUAGUAAAACGGCAGAUGGUGCUCAUAUUUCAUGGGAACCACCACCUAACAGAAAUGAUGGACCCAUUUUGGAAUAUUCUGCCUAUAUAGCAAUGGCAAAUACUGCAUCUAAUAAUAAUGGAGAACCAAAGACAACAUCAUCGAAUUCGAAUUUAACAUUCACAAAAUUUUAUUGUGGUACAAAUAAUUCGUGUUCGGUAUCUAAUAGUUCCCUUAGUGCUGCUUAUGUUGAUACAACUCGAACACCAGCCAUAAUAUUUAGAAUAGCAGCACGAAAUGUUAAAGGAUACGGACCAGCAACGCAAGUUAGGUGGUUGCAACAAGCAUCAGUAUCGUCAUCAGAUCCAACUAAUUUUAUGGAGAAUAAUCCUCAAGUGAAGAGACGCGGUGUAAAUAUACGUUUACAAGCAAGCUCCCCACAGAAGAAGGUGAAACUAAAGAGACCAAGUAGCUAACUUUUUGUGAGCCGGUUCUUUUUGACCUCUUACAGCCCAAAUAUUCAAACAGCGCUAUUCAUUAUUUAAUUUCCGCUGAUACACACGCCUAACAACGACAAUGAAACAGUAUAUUCUUCGAAUAAACAACGUGACAUGCGAGUAAAUGAAUGCACGAUAUAAAGUGAUGGAGAAGAUGUCCAUAACUACAUUGAGGUAUAACAUAAGAGUUAAAAAAAGUAUUUUAAGUGUUCUAUAUAUGAAUACAAGGUCUUUCUAUACUGCGUUUUCUGACUCACCGUUAUUCUCCUAUUCCUUCGUGAAUAUGCGACAUUCUUCUGUAAAAAUAAUAUGAGUACUAUUAAUAAAUGGCAAGGUGGUUACUUUGAAAUUAAACAAGUUUUUCCAUGUUUAUAAAUGGUUCGAAACUCAUAAUAUACCGAUGAUAGUUGGAUCAACACUUGCAUCACUUUUCAUGGUAUACAUAUGAUUUCAUUUAAAUAUUAACCACCUUCAUUUUUUAUUUUUUAUUAGAUAAAUUUAAUAUAUGUAAUUACAAAUUGUAAUAAAACAGAAAUGAAAUAAUCGUUUGAUUUAUACGGAAGCUUUGAUUUUAACAAAUGCUUUGUUUGAAUUUAUUUUAAAUUAUUCGUAUUUGAAAGUCUUUUAUUAUUACAAAGAUAUAUUUGCGUACAAAUCUUCUAAUAUAAAUAGAACAGAAGUAUGGGAAACUUCUUAUUACAUUUAAAUAUUUAUUGUAAAUAUUGUAAUUGGAAAUGUUUUCUUUUAAUUUUCUUUUAAUUUUCUUUUAAUUUUCUUUUAAUUUUAAAUUUAUAAUUGUCUUUAUUGAAUUUUUUUUCGAAAUUUUGCAAUGCGAUGCAAGUGUAACAAAAACUUUGUUAUCAUCUUUUUCUGUAUAAAAUAUCGGUGCUACAUUUUAUUCUCAUUACUUUUGUUACUGCCAAUCGCAAAAAAGAAACAUAAUCAAUAUAAAGAGAAAGAAGCACAUAAUUUAAAUAUAAAUUAUUGUGAAAUUUUAUUAUUUUUUUGAAGUAAUGAGACAAAGAUAUUUUGUAAAAAAAAAAAAAGAAAAAUAAGUUUAUAGAUUUACACAGAUAAUAAAAAUUACAACUUGAUUUUGAAAGUGUCAAUAUUUUGGAAAAUAAAGAAUUUGAACAAUAUUUUUAUAUCGCAACAAAAUAAUUAUUUGAAUAAUAUAUCAUUAUAGUUUAAUAUAAAAUUUAAUUUUUUAAUUUUUACAAAAUUAGUAUAAAAAAAAAUUAUAAAUAAAAUGAAUAGAGCAGAUAUAUUUGCUUAAGUAGAAAUAUUCUUUAAUUGUUUGAGAAUGAUAGAAAUGUGAAAAAAGUUUUUAAAAUAUAGAUUGGAAAAACUGAUAAAUUAUAAAAGAUUAUAAGCAUGAUUCAUACAUAUGAUUAAAUGGCUUGGGACUAUGUUAUGAAUCUUAAUAAUUUAAGCGCACACUUUAUUUUUAGAUCAUUAAUACAAACUGUUAUUUGCUUAUAGCUUAAGCAUUAAUAUAAUGUUUUAAACCUUUAAUAUGUUAUACUAAAAAUUUAAAUAAUAUCUUAUAAAAUAGCAUAUUUAAAUUGUGUUGAAAAAUUAUGUUGUUAAAGAACUGAUUAAACUUUAGAACUAAUAACUUUAUAUUAAUUUUAUAUCAUCAAUUAUAAUCUUUUUUUUUUAAUAAAUUUUACAUCUAUUAUUAUGAAAAGAAAAGAAUAAUAAAAAAAAAUGUUUUAUUAUAUCAUAUUAUAUUAAAUUAUUCUGUUGAUAAUUAUACUAUAUGUCAAAAUAUGAACAAUUAGUAAAAGUUAUUAGUUCAUUUGUUUUAUAAGUUCUAAUAAGAAAUUGCAUUAGAUCGUAUUAAAAUACCAAUUCACAAUUAUUAUAUAUAUUCUGCAAAUGAAAUAUUUUGAAAUGUAUGUAUACAUGGUAUGAUAUUCUGUUCAAUCCAAAUGUAUUAAAACAUUAUCUAUAAUAUUCAAAUAUAUUGAAAAAAAAGUAUAAAUAAAUAUAGGAAAAAAAUAUCUUAUAUGAAAUACUCGUUAUUUUACUGUAGAAAUUUUUAUAACGUCAAUCUGUACUUACACUGUAGAUAUAUGCAUCUUUAAACUAACUGUAACUAUACUAAAAUUACUAAAAAAACUAUAUUAAAUUUUAUUUUAUUAUUAAAGUGUCAUAAUCUAUCUAUUAUAUACCUGAAAUUUAUAAGAAAUUUAUGAAUUAUAAAUUUAAAAUAUUUUCUAAAUUUGGUACAAAAAAUUUUAAUUAUUUAUUUAUUAUUGUUUCAGAUAAUAUAAAUUUAAGAAACAAAAAAACUAGAAUAACACGAUAAAAAGUAUAUAAUGCAUUCUAUGUUUGUUAUAAUAAUAUUAUAAAUAAAUUCCAUUAUUUAUAUCUAUAUUAUAUUUCGCGUGCUAUUUUUCUGUUAAUUAUUCAUUAUCGUUUGGCAGUAACAAAAGUAAAUAUAUAUUAAGUUAACUUUUCCUUAAGUUAAUUUGUAGUUAACAGGCCAAGUGAAUUAAUAUUAUCUAAGAUUUCCUGAUGUAAAUUGUGUAUUUUUAUAACAAAAUAUCAAGUAAUGAUUAUAGUCAUUCAAAAAAUAAAAGAACAUAAUUUACAUCCUAAAAUUUCGGAUAGUAUCGAUUACGAUUAAAUGAAAAGCUUAAAAGGAAUCUUAUAAAAAAAAAAAAGAUUUAUAAUUAAGAAAAUAUAUAAAUGCAAAUAAUUAUAAUAUUUUUUUUCUAGCGCAUGAAUUAUGCUCAAAUUAGUCGAUGGUUUCUCCGCAAAUAUACAAUCGAUAAUGAAUUUGUCCUGUUAAUGUUUUAUCAUAUAACAAAAGAAAAAUACAAAACAUCAAAUACGAUUCAAUUAUAAAUCUAUUCUAUCUAUGUGAUUAGAUUUCAAAAUCUAUAUAUGAUGUGAUUGCAAUGUAUGUAAAGAUUAAGUAGCUAGAAAACGAAUUGUAUGUGUUAAAGAAAUUGCAAGAAACAAUGCUGUGAUGAAGUCAUCACAUUUAUAAAACACCUUAAAUUUACGGUGAAGUCUCGCAGGAGUUUAGCGUAUUUACGUUAAAUAAACUAAUAUUGCACUGAACCUGCAAUCAUACUAAAUAAUAUACAUUUGUAUUUUUCGAUGAAAUUUCGUAGUUUUAUUACAUACGAGACUACGAGCAAUUUUAGAACUGUUUUAGAACUGUUAAAAUUCACAUACUUUCUGAUAAGGAACCAAAAUUUUAUUUGGUAAUCAAAAACAAUGUAUACGAGAAGAAUAAUUUUAAGAUUCGCAUAAACAGUUUCAAUUUUAAAGACCAUGUUUAUUAAAAUAAAAAAAAAACAAUAAAGAAAGUUGAAACUUUUCUUCUUCUCGUGCAUAUCUUUUGAAAAUUCGUCGAAUUUUAUAAUUAAUUCAUUCGAACAAACGUCAUAUAUUUAAACUAUAUUUAAAAAAUGUUAGCGUGCCUAAUCGCGAAGUACGUAAAAAAGAUAAGAAGACAUUGAUCAACAUUUACAGAUUGUAAUUUUAUACUUCGAUAUAAAUUUAUAUACGUACAAUCGUAAAAUAAUCGUCAUAUACGAUUAAAACACGUGUCACUGAUAAAAUACUCUACUUCUUAAAGUCGAAUCGCACUUUUUUAUAGGGAUUGUUAUUUCGAAAACGAAUAUGUAUUGUAUCUCAUAUAGUCGUAGUAAAAUCGACAUAAAUAAUGGAAUUAAUAAUGUGCGAUUUGAUAACUAAGAAAUCAUUCCUUUCGUCAAUGAACGUUCAUAUUCAUGCUUGUUUAUGUUUUUAUGGCAUCGUAAAAUGAACGUUCUAACUUCCAUUUAAAUAUAGAAGUUUAAUAAUUGGCAAAAAAAAAAAAAAAAUAAGCGGGUUCAUUUUUGUGUAAUUAGUGCAUCUUUUUCUAAUUAUUUUCAAUCAUCAUUCGAUAUUCAACUUUUAGCAUCAAUUACUUUACCUAAUUGUAAUUAAAAUGUUAAUUAAAUUAUAUUAAUUAAUCGAUACUAACAAAUCUAUAUUAAUUAAUAUAAAUUAAUUGAUUGAAGAAUGCAGAAAAGAUUGAUUGCUGUUUUUUUUUUACACUUUGUAAUUAUGAGAAUAACGGAGAGAGAACAAAAGAGGGACAUGCGAGUUUUAUAAUAAUUUUACGCUUUAUGCGAACGAUUGUAUGUUUGAUGCAUAUUUUUGAUUAAUCGUGUGCAUCGAUCUGUUGUAAACAGGACAAAGACAAGUAAAUUUUUUAAAUGAUCCGAAAAAGUGAUUUUGCGAAAACAUUUUACAUCCACUCGCCAUAUUGAUUGAUGAAUUAAAAAAAAAAAAAAAAAUAAGAAAACAUGGUAUUUAUAUACAAAAGAAUCGACAUAAAGUUAUUCUUAGUAGUUAGCACAGAUGUAUCUAUAUUCCAUGCAUAUAGAAAGACGAUAUCCUUUAUUUCUCUUUUGUUCAAAAAGAAAGAAAACUCAUUCUAAUUAAACGACGAGUAAAAAAAAACGUCGAGAAGUUAACGAUUUUUCGACAAUAGUAUAGCGAAGACAUACAAUGCAUUUCUGAUGAAUAUUUUUCACGGAAAGUGCAAUAUUUCUACGCAUCUCGAUGUUACUAUCACGUGCUUUAUUGCGCGUGGUCUGCGUAAGCAUAAAUUCGCGUAGACGAAAAUACUCGUUAAUAUUUUCGUUUAAUAUAUGUUGAAGAACUUACAUAUUAAUCGACAAUUAUGCUGUUUCGAGAGAACUGCUGUAUAAAAAACGUCGUGGCUUCGAAACACUUCAUAAAAUCAUUAAUCCUAAUCAAGAAGAAAAAAAAAGAUCUAUUGCUCAAUACUCAAUUUCAUACUUCGUUGUGUUCAACUAGAUAAAUUUACAUGAUAUGUAUGAUAUAAUUCCAUUGAUAAAAAAUCGAUUAAAAAAAAAGAAGAAGAAGAAAGAUAAAAAGAGAAUGGAAAAAUUAAUCUAUUUGUUUCACAUCGAUCAAUUUCGAAACAGCAGGAUUAUCGGUCGCUUUAAUCUGUAUAAAACAAUGAGUGGAACGUAUCUCGUGUAUAUCAAAGAUAAACGAUAUAGCACAAAUGUAAAAUUAAUGAGAAAUUUAUAUGUUCGAUUAUUGAAACAUAUAAUUUGAGAUAAUCUUAAGAAAAUUAAGAAGAAGACAAGUCCAUUUAGAUCUCUAUACAAUUUGACAUUUAUUUUUUCUAUAUUUAUUAAAAAUAUAUCUGUCCAAUUUUUAACUAUAAAUUAACUAUAAAUUAAUUUUUAUUAAAUAAAAAAUAAUGGCAAUGAAACGAAACAAUAUAUCAUGAUUAAUUUCAUUUUUUACAAUUCAAGAUUUAAAGUAUGAAUUUUUACAUUAAUAUAAAAUAUAUAAAAUAGUCUUGAAUACAAUUGCAUAAAUAGAUAUCGCUUCUUAACAUUUUAAUUUCUAUUUGCGCUAUAUUGUUUUUAUCUUGUAUACAUAUAUGUAUGUAAAUACGUACGAAUGUGCGAAAUAUUAACAUACAACAUUAUACAAACAAUAGAUUAUUUUUCCACGUCUAGCUCGAAUGUUUCGAAUCUUCGACGAACAUCUGUGCAGCUAGAUUUAGGAUAUAAUGGGAAGUGAAUAAUCGGCAAUGCACGACACAUUUCGUAUAACGAUGAUAUAGGUGCCGAUUAGAAUGUUCGGGUGGGCAUAUAUUACAUUUAUUAUAUAUUUUAUUUUCGUUUAGACGUACAGGCAUAGUUACUGAGAGGGGUUGAACAGUAAUUAUGCCUAUGAUAAUAAUUUACGUAUAUACAUUAUGAACCGUUAUUUUCUUUUACAAUUACAAUUAAUUUCUUAAAAAAAAAGAAAUACGUACAAUUAACAAGCGAGAUUAGAUAAUAAAAUAAUAAUACCAGCAUUGGAUGGUGAUUCAUAUUUAGUUAAAAUUUAAUUAGAAUAAAUAUAUUUUAAUACUGACACUAGGAUCUCAAAAUUUCUUUAAUCCAAUCGAGACUGUACAGUUAUAUACUAAAAAUUUCUAUAUUGAAUAAUCUGAGAAUAUUCAAGAUUAUUAUUGUCAGUAAUACUUGAUAAAAAAAUAAUAUGUCUAGUUAAUUGUACUCGAGAAUCGUGUGUGUUAAAAUUUAUCACUGGCAGAAAUCUACUUUCAUAGGAUUUACAUGCUUGUAUUAUUUUAUGUUUUUAUAUAAGAUCGUUAAAAAUAGUUUUGCCAGUUUUUUGAACCAGUAAUCUUUCAGUGAAUUAUGUUACAAUGGAUUUGAACGUCGAGUUUCUGAGUACAAUAUCUCUUGGCGUUUAAGUUCAAUAUCGUUCAAAUCGCGCUAUUUUUCACUCUAUUCAACAUAGAUUCUCUUUAAUGGUAGGGUUAAAUAUAUAUUAUAUGUAAUAAAGAGAACAAAAUAAAUGUAUGUAUACUUA